CAUAUUCACUAAUCUAAUCCAUUAAUCACAUGUGAUUUGUGUUUCUCAUUGAUCACUGGUGUCCGCUCUUUUUGGUGUUUGGGACAGAGUAUUUUGUGGAGAAAUUACGACAGUAUCGGGGGAGUUUCGACUAAUUGUUGUGGGACAUAGUGACGAAGAUUUUCAGUGAAUAAACAUGGCGAAAAAGCCAGGACCAAUUCCGGCUCUCCACAAAGUAAUAAUGGUUGGCAGUGGAGGCGUGGGAAAGUCAGCCUUAACACUUCAGUUCAUGUACGAUGAGUUUAUAGAGGACUACGAGCCAACAAAAGCCGAUUCAUACAGGAAGAAAGUUGUCCUUGAUGGAGAGGAAGUACAAAUUGAUAUACUAGACACUGCUGGACAAGAGGACUAUGCUGCUAUAAGGGACAAUUACUUUCGCAGUGGAGAGGGCUUUCUCUGCGUUUUCUCCAUUACUGAGGAUGACAGUUUUCAGGCGACUCAAGAGUUUAGGGAACAAAUUCUGAGAGUAAAAAACGAUGAAAACAUUCCCUUUUUAUUAGUCGGUAACAAGAGUGAUCUCGAGGAGAAGCGAAAAGUCAGUCUAGCGGAAGCUCAAGCUAGAUCGCAACAGUGGGGGGUACCGUACGUCGAAACAAGUGCAAAGACUAAAGAAAAUGUGGACAAGGUGUUUUUCGAUUUGAUGCGCGAAAUAAGAUCACGUAAGAUUGAAGAUAAAUCCGCGAGUAACGGUCGGGGAAAAGAUCGUGCUAAAAGGAAGAAAAAGAAGUGCAUUGUUCUAUAGGUAUUCUUUGAUUUAAUUGGUUCAAUCGCUGCGCGCAAAGCGCGUGAAAAUCAAAUUGAGGGGGCUGAACGUAAAAAUAAUAAACGUUGUUGCAUUCUCCUCUAACAACACCCAGAAUAAGCUUUUAUUAUCGUUUCAGACAAACUACGUUAAAUUACAUAUACAUGCAUAUAAAUAUAUAUAUUUUUUUCAUAUUAUUUAAAGAAAAAAAAGUGAACAUUGAUUAAACAUCUUCAUUCUAUUCAAUUCUGUACGUGUGAGAGAUGAGUGUGUGUGAAAGAAUGAGUGAGUGUCCACUCGGAUGCACCUGCGAACAGGUAUUUGCAAUUAUUUACGGUGAGUUGAUCCUCAUGUCCAAAUAUACACGAGGGACCGAACGAUUUAUUCGAGAUUUGCUGUUCAAAAUUCACUUGCUUUCUGAUAUAUUUGACAUUGAUGCCUGUAGAUGGUUGACUGCAUUACGUUAAACAAAAUAUUAUUUUUCAAAGUUACGGAAUUCGGGAAAAAUUAUUCUGUAGAAUUUUCUAUUAGAUUUUCUACCAGUUUUUGGACGAUUCUAUCAAGUAAUUUUUUUGUAAAAUUUCAUAUGAAUUACUAGAUACAUUCGCUGCAUUUUAAAAUCCACAGGCAAAUCUACGGAAAGAGCUAUUGAUUUUUGUAUGUUUUCUAUUGAAUUUUCUGUUAGUUGUCCGACGUUUUUAGAGGUAUUUUCCGGUAAUAAUUUGAUUAAAUGUUCGGAUCGCAGUGAAAGGGCUAUAAAACUGGCACCGCAAUCUACGGAAAGAGCUAUAGACUUCUAUAAGAUUUACAUUGAAUUUUCUGCAACUUUUUGGGCGUUUCUAUACGGAAAUUUUUCUUGUAAAAGUCCAAUAAUAAUUUCAACCGCAUUCCCGAGGUUUUUCGAGGAAAUUUAUUCGCGCGCAAUGUGUGAAGAAGUGACGUGACUAUUAUACGAUGGAGAAAUAAUAAAUACCAUGAAGCAGUCAACAUUCAUGUGCCUAUUAUUACCAAGCGUUAUCCGCAAAUUCUGCCUUUUCGUGUCACUGAAGAAAACACUUCACAAAUACUCACCUUUUCGUUGUAAAGCUUGUGAAUUUAGCUAACUUCUCGUUUUUGUAUAUAUUUUGUAUGUCUUUAAUACACAAUUAAAUAAAUAAAUGGCCACAGCAAUAAGAGAA